AUGACGCAGUCGGUUCGGCUCCAGGCAGGCUGGUCCGUCCAUCCUGGUGGUCAGCCCGACAGACAGAGGAAGCAGGAAGAGCUGACAGAUGAGGAGAAGGAAAUCAUCAACAGAGUGAUCGCUCGAGCUGAGAAGAUGGAAGAGAUGGAACAGGAGCGAAUCGGGCGCCUGGUGGACCGUCUGGAGAACAUGAGGAAGAACGUGGCCGGGGAUGGGGUGAACCGCUGCAUCCUGUGUGGAGAACAACUGGGGAUGCUGGGCUCCACCUGUGUGGUGUGUGAGGACUGUAAGAAGAAUGUCUGCAUCAAGUGUGGGGUGGAAACCUCCAGUAACCGCCCGCAUCCCGUGUGGCUCUGCAAAAUCUGCAUUGAGCAGAGAGAGGUGUGGAAGCGUUCCGGAGCAUGGUUCUUCAAGGGCUUCCCCAAACAGGUCCUCCCACAGCCUAUGCCUAUAAGGAAGACCAAGCCCCAGCAGCCUGUCAGUGAGCCUGCUGCCUCUGAGCAGGUCACCCCUGAGCCCAAGCAUGCUGCCCGGGCUCCAACCCGAGGUGACACUGAAGACAGGAGGGGCCCAGGUCAGAAGACAGGUCCUGAACCGGCCUCUGCUCCCGGGCGAGGAAGCUAUGGGCCUCCCGUGCGCAGGGCCUCUGAGGCACGCAUGAGCUCAUCCAGCCGGGACUCAGAGAGCUGGGACCACGGCCACAGUGGGGCUGCCAGUGACUCCAGCCGGAGCCCAGCAGGUAGGAAACAUGGGCAAAUCCAGACAGGCUUCCUGGAUGAGGAGAAUCCAAAGGAUUGGGGCGAGUCAGUGAGCCCCAACUGUGUGCCCUCCACCCUGGGUGCCCUGGAGUUCAGCCUUCUCUACGACCAGGACAACAGCUCCCUGCACUGCACCAUGAUAAAAGCCAAGGGACUGAAGCCCAUGGAUUCCAACGGCUUGGCUGAUCCCUACGUUAAACUGCAUCUCCUGCCGGGAGCUAGCAAGUCCAACAAGCUUCGUACAAAAACUCUGCGGAACACCCGGAACCCCGUCUGGAAUGAGACCCUUGUCUAUCAUGGCAUCACAGACGAGGACAUGCAGAGGAAGACCCUCAGGAUCUCUGUCUGUGAUGAGGACAAAUUUGGCCAUAACGAGUUUAUCGGUGAGACCAGAUUUUCACUGAAGAAACUGAAGCCCAACCAGAAAAAGAACUUCAAUAUCUGUCUGGAGCGGGUGAUCCCGAUGAAGCGUGCCGGGACCACUGGGUCAGCCCGAGGCAUGGCCCUUUAUGAGGAGGAGCAGGUGGAACGUAUUGGUGACAUAGAGGAACGUGGCAAGAUCUUGGUGUCCCUCAUGUACAGCACACAGCAGGGAGGCCUUAUCGUGGGCAUCAUACGCUGCGUGCACCUGGCCGCCAUGGACGCCAACGGCUACUCAGAUCCAUUCGUCAAGCUCUGGCUGAAACCAGACAUGGGAAAGAAAGCCAAACACAAGACUCAAAUAAAGAAGAAAACCUUGAAUCCUGAGUUUAAUGAGGAGUUUUUCUAUGACAUCAAACAUGGUGACCUGGCAAAGAAGUCCCUGGACAUCUCGGUCUGGGACUAUGACAUCGGCAAGUCCAACGAUUAUAUUGGAGGCUGCCAGCUGGGGAUCUCAGCCAAGGGAGAACGCUUAAAACACUGGUACGAAUGUCUGAAAAACAAGGACAAGAAGAUUGAGCGCUGGCACCAGCUACAGAACGAGAACCACGUGUCAAGCGAUUAGGGUGGGCCCCCAGGUCCCGGCUCCAUGCCCUACCCCAUGCCAGGUCACCCGCCAGCCUGACCCAGCUGCCCUUCGCACUCUGGUUUCUCUUCUCUCUGCCUCCCCCACCCUCUCCCUCCUUGCGCCUGCCUUUGAGGUGCCCCCUGACCUUGGGCACUGCUGCCAAAGACCUUUCUCCUCCAUCUGUGAUGCUGUGGUGCAGGCCCUGACUGCAGCCCCUCUCUGGUCCCUCUAGGAUGGAGCGGGAGGGAGAGGGAUGCAGAGAUUUUUACAAGGAGGCUAGAAUUUAACAAGCUGUCUGGGAAAACUGCAAAAGUUCUUCAUCAUUUAGGACUGUUUUUAGACCCUCCUGGCCUUGAACACACACACACACACACACACACACACACA